UUUUUUCACUCUAUUAUUUGGGGGUGAAACCCACCUGCUGCCUUUCUCUACAAGUAUACUUAAUCCUUAACAAUGUAUCAGGAUACCUUUGAAGAUGAUGACUUGAUCGCUGAAGUUGAACUUGUAACUCAAGCUCGUUAUACUCAAAAUGAUGAUGUUGACGAUGGUUUUGAGACUGAAGUUGUUCCUUCUCAACAAUCCAGUGCCACAACACAAAUUCCUGAUGGUGUCAGAAACUUUAUCUUUCAUUUUUACCGUAAUGUCAUGGAUAACAACGUGUACGAACUCCACAACAUCUAUGACAGUUCUUUUAACAAACUGACCGAGAAAUAUUAUCAAAAGCAAGCUUGGCCGGAAGCUGAGGUCAUCGCGCCUCUGGUUAACGAUGACCAAGUUUUCUUGACUCUGUAUCGCGAACUCUACUAUCGUCACAUCUACUCUUAUUUAACGCCUACUUUAGAACAGCGCUUUCAAUCAUACGAAAACUAUUGCGACCUCUUCAACUACAUCUUAAACUCUGAAGGCCCUGUUUCAUUAGAAUUGCCCAAUCAAUGGCUCUGGGACAUCAUUGAUGAAUUCAUCUAUCAAUUCCAAUCUUACUGCAACUACCGUGACCGUGUUAAGAAUAAGUCUGAAGCUGAGGCUGCUACUAUCGAAGAAAAUGCUCAAAUUUGGAGUUGUUACAGCGUUUUGAAUGUCCUUUACUCUUUUGUUCAAAAAUCUCGUAUCAACGAGCAAUUACUUGCUAGUAAGAAUGGUGGUGAUAUGAUGGAAGCUGCCGGUGAAUAUGGCUCCCGUCCGUUCUACAAGAUGUUGGGCUACUUUUCGAUUGUUGGUCUUGUCCGUGUUCACUGUUUGUUAGGUGAUUAUGUUUUGGCUUUGAAGAUGAUGGAUAACAUUGUGUUAAAUAAGAAGGCCAUGUUUGCGCGCGUCACUGCUUGCCACGUUACCACCUAUUAUUACGUUGGUUUCGCUUACAUGAUGCUUCGUCGUUACGCUGAUGCCAUCAAAUCCUUCUCUACUGUUUUGUCUUUCAUCCAAAGAACCAAGCAAUACCAUUCUCGUUCUUACCAAUUCGACCAAAUUGCCAAGAAAGGUGAUCAAAUGUAUGCCCUUCUAGCUAUUUGUAUUGCUCUGUGCCCCACCCGUUUGGACGAAAACAUUCAUUCUCAACUUCGUGAAAAGUACGGUGAACAAUUGUUCAAGAUGCAGAAAAGUGAAGAUUCUCUUCCUGUUUACAUUGAUCUGUUCCAAUUUGCUUGCCCUAAGUUCCUUUCUCCCACUGGUAAGGCUGCUGAUCCUCAUCAACAUCAGCUCAAAGUUUUCAUGUCCGAUAUUCAAAAUCAAAUCAAUCUCCCUACUUUGCGCUCUUUCAUGAAGCUUUACACUUCCAUGGGCAUUGAAAAGUUGGCUAAAUUCUUAGAAGUUGACUCUGAAGAAUUGAAGACUCAGUUAUUGGUCUUCAAGCAGAAGUCUCGUCAAUAUAAAUGGGUGAAUGGCAACCUUCUGGAAGGCGAAUAUUUGCCUACAUCUGACGUCGAUUUUUGCUUGAAGCAGGAUGUUGUCCACAUUGCGGAAAGUAAAGUGGGCCGUCGUUACGGUGAUUGGUUUUUGCGUAAUAUCAAUCGUUGCGAAGACAUUUUGGCCAACUUGCAAUAUAGCAAAGCUUAAAGCAAGGCUUUAAAAUAAUUAACAAUGAACGAUGACAACAAUAAUCAAUUUCUCAAACGCUUCAAUCUUGAAUAGCUGUACAAAUGUUUCCCCUGUUUAUGCCACUUUAAUGAUAUAGUAAUCUGUUCACCUAUUCCUUAUGUAGAUCUAUAUUUUGCCCAUUUUUUCCGCGAACUUUCUAUGGGUCAUUCAACAUAAUGCUCAAUAAAAUACAAAAAGGAUUUGUAAAUUUUGUA